AUGCCUUUCAAGCAGACCAUGUCUCGAACAUGGUCUUCCAUCCAGAAGGCCUUUGGGUCCUUCGACGUCCAGGCCGGCUCGUCCAUCGAGCCUAACUCGAUCACUUCCUGGCAGGAGUGGUCCGGCGUCAGCUGCUUCUCGCUGCUGUUCUUCUGCUGGGGCCUGGCCUACGGCCUCCUAGAUGUGAUGAACUAUCACAUCAAAGUGACCAUGAGCAUCGACCGAGCCAGCGCGGCACUGCUGGCACUGACGUAUUACUCGGCUUAUGUGCCUGGUUCCCUGUGCAUCGGCGGACCUCUGGUGCGGAAAUAUGGAUAUCGGUUCGCUGCGGUGGUUGGCCUUUUAUUCCUUGGAAUUGGCGACCAGAUCAUGUCGAUUGGGGCGGCGAGGCUGCAGUUCAGUAUGAUGUGUUUCGGGCAUUUUGUGGUUGGAAUUGGUGUGUCGGGAUUGGAGUCGACUGCGAACCCUUACACAGUGAAUGUUGGAAGGCGAAAGGGUGCUACUUUUCGUAUCUUAUUCGGUCAGUCGAUGGCGGCUUUCGGUACGGUUAUUGCUCCUUUGCUGGCAAAUGCGGUUAUCUUUGACGCGACCAAAGCAGAGAUAGCACCACUGGUUGAUCCUAAACAACCUGGACGGUGCCUGAUGCCUCCACCUCCAAGCCAAAGCGAGGCAGGUAAUCUGCAUACUGUGAUCAGCUUCUACCGAUGGCUCGGCUGUGGUAUCUUCGCUCUGGCUUUUGCCCUCGCGAUCCUCUUUUUCAGAACCAAGCUCGUUGUCGAGCCGGUUGUGUCAGAAUCGCCCAAGUUAGAGCAGUCAGCAUGGAAAUUCUGGAAGCACCCGCUUUGUUCUCGAAGAUAUACCCGCUUCUGGUACGGAGUGGUUGCCAAUUUCUUCAACCUGGGCUGUCAAGUCACGGUAGCUAAGUUCUUCAUCGAGCACAUGCGAGUCAACGCAUGCAAUUCUGACAAACAGGCAGCACAAAACAUGGUUUGGGCGCAAGUGCUGUUCAUGGUAGGCAGACUGGUUGCAGCCGCCCUGGUAAUGGUACCUGCCUUGCCGUUGGUUAAAAACUCACGAAUCAUGAAAGGCAUCUUCAAAGGACGGAUUAUUCUGGCUUGUUAUUUGGCAGGUGCCGUUGCGUUCACGGGAGUUGGCGUUGGAGCAAAAGGACAGGCUGCAGUGGCUUUUGCUUGCAUGAUAAUGUUUGCGGAAUCGCCGUCUUUUCCAAUGAUCUUCGAAACGGCAACAACAGAGCUUGGACAAUGGACAUCGACGGCUGAGUCCAUUACAAUCACGUCAAUAUGCGGUGGUGGAAUCUUGCCAGUGGUCAUGGGCAAGCUGGUUGAUCGAGUGGGCAUUUCAACAGCUUGGAUAUUGCCGACAAUCUGCUUCACUGUGGUUUGGUCUUUCCCACUGAACUGCAAUCUCGUACCUUCGUUCAAGCAUGGGAUCGAUAGCGCACAUGGAGAGGAGGGUGACAAGCAAGAGGCCGAGAUGGAAAGAGCAGGCUGA